GUCACUGUCCGGCCAUGACUGUAGUUCCCGACACUGCGCGCGUGCGCGUGCUCGUGCUCGUUCAUUAGUCAGUCUCACACACGCGCGCACACGCUGAUCUCAGUCUCAUUCAGGCCUUGUUGACGCUCAGUUUCAACGCUUCAUCGCGCUCACAGUCACGAAAUGCCGACUAUUAAACUGCAGAGCUCUGAUGGAGAGAUGUUCGAGGUGGAUGUUGAGAUUGCCAAGCAGUCUGUGACCAUCAAAACCAUGCUGGAAGAUCUGGGGAUGGACGAUGAAGGCGAUGAUGAUCCGGUUCCUCUGCCCAAUGUGAACGCAGCCAUCCUGAAGAAGGUGAUUCAGUGGUGCACCCACCAUAAAGAUGACCCUCCUCCACCUGAAGACGAUGAGAAUAAAGAGAAAAGAACAGAUGACAUCCCCGUGUGGGACCAGGAGUUCCUCAAAGUAGACCAGGGCACUCUCUUCGAACUCAUUCUGGCUGCAAAUUACUUGGACAUCAAAGGCUUGCUAGAUGUUACUUGCAAGACAGUUGCAAACAUGAUCAAAGGCAAAACCCCAGAGGAGAUCAGAAAGACUUUCAAUAUCAAAAAUGAUUUCACAGAGGAAGAGGAAGCCCAGGUACGCAAGGAGAACCAGUGGUGUGAAGAGAAGUGAAGAUCCUGACACACUUUAACACUAUGGAUUGUUCCAAAAAAACUUAAAAAGUAAUUAAAAAAAUAUUGCACUGCGCUGUUCAUAUUUGUUUAGAUUUAACACAAAUAAACAGUCGAAUCCCAUGUUUUCUGCUAGCAUGUGUGGUGUAAAAGCUUUUUUAUUAAAUUCUUUUUCCCAUUUUCUCACUGGAACAAGUAGUAACCCGUGUAGAGGACACACUCCCUUUUUUAUUUUAACUGAGCUCGUCACCAAACGGCUGAUUUUGUUUUCUUUUUCAAGAACUGAGCAACAUUUUAUAACCAGCCUUAUUUGUGCUAAUGAAAGAACAGUGUUGGAAAGAUGUAUAAACCGUGUUGUGAACUGGAAGUACUUGUGUCUGCUUUCACUUUGUUUUCUUUGCUUCAUUGUAUAGGAUUGAAAGUCACAGUUCUGCUCGUAAAUGGCAGGCAAUUAGGAUUAUAAAUCUUUUAAUUCCAAAAAUAAAACGAUUAUUGUGGGA